AUGACGCCUAAACAUUGCUUUCUAGGCUUCCUCAUCAGUUUCUUCCCGACUGGUGUCGUAGAAACUCAGUCAGCCCACGAGUGUCUGAAGCCUCAGAGAGUACAUUUCCAGUCUCGAAAUUUUCACAACAUUUUGCACUGGCAGCCUGGGAGGGCUUGCACGAGCACCAGCGGUAUCUAUUUCGUGCAGUAUAAAACGUAUGGACAGAGACAAUGGAAAAAUAAAGAAGACUGUUGGGGUAUUCUAGAAUUCUUUUGCGACCUUACUAACGAAACGUCAGAUAUACAGGAACCUUACUAUGGACGGGUGAGGACCACCUCGGCUGGGACCCACUCCGGGUGGACCAUGACGCAACGUUUCACUCCCUGGUGGGAAACAAAAAUAGAUCCUCCCGUCAUGAAUAUAACCCAAGUUAAUGGAUCUUUGUUGGUGAUUCUCCAUGCUCCAAAUUUACCAUAUAGAGACCAAAAAGGAAAAAAUGUAUCAAUAGAAAAUUACUAUGAGCUAGUAUACCGAGUCUUUAUAAUUAAUAAUUCACUGGAAAAGGAGCAAAAGGUAUAUGAAGGAGCCGGCAGAAUUGUUGAAAUUGGAGCUCUGGCACCUCACUCUGGUUACUGUGUGGUGGCUGAAAUGUACCAGCCCAUGCUAGACAGAAGAAGUCAGAGAAGUGAAGAGAGAUGUGUGGAACUUCCUUGA